AUGGCUAGCCGUUCACGCCGCAACCAACCUAGGAACUGCCCCGAAUUUCUAUGGUGCAAUUUUCCAAGAGUGGUGAGUCCUGAGGUUUUGGCACAAUGGAAUGGGAAGCUAGACUGGAUGAGGCAAAGGAAGGUCGCCUUUCCAUCGCCACCUGUACCGGUUGAUAACGAAUACAAUCAACCAAAGGUAGGAAGGGGACAAGGUCCUGACAUUGGACGUAUUUUCCUAUGGGCUCUGGUGACUCCCGAUGUGUAUUUGGACAUUCCGUUCUUGUUGGCUGAUUUUCUAUCAAUUCGGGUGGGAAAAGAUAGGUGUGAGUCUCCUCUUUAUGGUGGCAUGUUGAUCACGUGUAUUGCACGAUCAUUUGGUGUUUUUGACAAACAUGAUGCAAUGUUUUUUACCAUUUAG